UUAAAAGUACAGCUGAAGGAUCCACAAUGGCUGGGACACCCACUAUUUUCCAUGGCUCGUUUGUACACUCAACGAAAGAAAAGGAUAUGGUUACUCACAACGACAUGGUUAUUGGAGUUGAGAGGGGCAAGAUAAUUUUCAUCGAACAUGAAACACGCCUUCCCGAUUUGAUGAGCGAAUACAGCGUGCCUCGUGACAAAGUCAGACAUCUGGAAAAAUGGCAGUUUCUGAUGCCUGGUUUGGUGGACACCCACAUCCAUGCUCCUCAGUAUGCGUUUGCUGGCUCCAAAAUGGAUCUGCAGCUGUACGACUGGCUCAGCACCUACACAUUCCCAACUGAAGCAAAGUUUAAGGAUCUGAAAUACGCCAUGGAUGUCUACAGCAAGGUGGUGGAUCGAACUCUGAAAAACGGAACAACGACUGCAUGCUACUUUGCUACAUUACACAGAGAUGCGACAAACCUACUUUUUCAGAUUAUUGAGAAAGCCGGUCAGAGGGCCUAUGUUGGGAAGGUGAACAUGGACUGCUGCUCGCCCACCUAUUACAAGGAAACCAUGGAAGAGUCAUUGGAAGACACAAAGAAAUUUGUCGAAUCAACUGUUUCCAAAAAGAAUCCCCUGGUUACUCCCAUAAUAACACCACGAUUCACUGGGUCAUGUUCAGAAGAACUUAUUAUGUCCCUUGGUCGACUAAACCAACAGUAUCAACUACCGGUUCAGACCCAUGAACUAGAAACAAGAGCCGACGUCGGCACUGGGGGUUUAAACCAUCUCCACAUAUGGGACAAAGCUGGCCUAUUGAAACACAAUACAGUUUUAGCCCACUGUGUCUACAUCUCAGAAGAGGAGCUAGACCUACUCAAACUCCGUGGUUCCGGCAUAGCUCACUGUCCCAACUCCAACAUCACGUUGAGAAGCGGCUUCCUUGAUGUAAGGCACGUGCUGGAAAAGGGAUGUAAAAUUGGACUUGGAACAGACGUUUCUGGUGGAUACAGUUGCUCAAUGUUAGAUGCACUUCGCUCUGCCUCCCAAGUCUCGAAAACUAUCGCUAUUCAACGUGAGGAAAGGGGAGAAAACUACGAAAUACUAACAUACAAGGAACUAUUUCGCCUGGCAACAUUAGGCGGAAGUGAAGUGAUGGGACUGGACGAGACAAUAGGGAACUUUCAAGUUGGAAAGGACUUUGACGGCAUCGUUGUCGACCCUCUUGUGGAGAAUUCACCAUUUGAUGUCUUCUCUACCGAUACCUUCUCCGACAUUAUACAGAAGUUCCUCUUCUUAGGUGAUGACCGUAACAUGAUUGACGUCUUUGUGGCCGGAACUCGGACAUCUGGACGAUGAUAUUAGAGAAAGAUUAAAAUACAUACUUCUGUUUGUGUGUCAACACCAACGGGAAUAUACACACUUUAAUGAAUGUGCAUGAAGAGGAAUGUGUACAAUUGAUUCUAUGUCAAUCUCAAUCGUUAUUUCGGCACUGAGAAUGCCACAAGCCUAUUGUACAUAAUACCAUACAUUGUGAUGAGCAGGACAGUUUUGUUAUGAAAAUAAGAUUGCUCGUGUAUAUCAUUGCGUGAUAAAAAAACAAACAUAGAUUGUAGGUGCAUCUGUGAGAUCUUAGAACUAUUUGAAAAAAUGUGUACAUUUAAAGACGCUAAGACGGAUAUAGUAAUAUUGUUUUAAGAUAUGUGUUUCUCAGCAUAGCAUAUGCUGAACACGCGAGAACAAUUUCAUACUCGUCUUAAAGCCUAUCUUGUCAUAUGUAAUAAGGUUCCAUGUAUCUGACCAUAACAGUUAUUUGCUUUUUUUAAACGGGUUGACAACUCCGUUGAUGUUCUUUUGGUUUGUUUUAUUUAAAAUCGUUUAAGUGUUAACAUGUUCUGAAGUAAUAAUCAGGCGGGGUAGCCUAGUGGAUAACGGGUAUUAUAUUUGUCCCAAAGGGCGAUAACUCUUGUUUUGAAAUGAUAAUAGCGACCGUCCAACUGUCACUUGGGUCUGGUUACUGGUUGUGCGCUGCCACAACUUAUGACACGUAAGUCCGAAGCUGAGCUAACACUG